AUGGCUGCAGGGAGCUUGGCUGCUGCUCGAGGCUCUGCGCCGGUGAUUCCUGCAAGCAAAAAGCUGAAGGGCCUGGCAAUGGCCCGGUGGACUUGUGAAGAUGGCUCCGUACGCAACCCGCCUGCGUUUUCGCCAGCUCGGCGAGAUUGGUGGGAUGACCCAGAGUGGAUCACUGAGCUGUGCGAGUCCCUUGACUUUCACGAACUGUUUCGCUACAGGUUCCGCUCCACGGGCCACAUAAAUGUUUUGGAGUGCCAAGUUUACAAAAGCUGGUUAAAGCAUUGCGCAAGAGCACACCCUGGUUCCCGUUUGGUUGGGCUCCUUGACAGCCGGGUUACCUUGGAGGCGUCGUCAAAAGGACGCUCAAGCAGCUGGGCAAUUUCGCAUGUUCUUCACGGACCCCUUCCUUACAUUAUCGGGGCUGGUCUUUACCUGGCUGGGGGCUCCAUUGUUACAGCAAAAACAACCGUGCCGACGCUCCUUCGCGAGACGGGGCUGUUGAACCGCCUUCGCGCCUUGGGCCUCGGUGGCUGGCGGAUCUUCGCAAGGGGGAGUUUUGGUGAUUUGAUGCUCUUGUGGCUUCAUCUUCGGCCCCGAAAAUUGCUACUGAACCAAGCCCGGGCCCUCCUCGAGCUCUACAACCCCGUGGCGAAAUGA